AUGAUAUAUGCCGUGCGUAAUUCUUUAAGGUUAUUAAACCGAUACAGUUUAACUUAUACUAAUGUUGUAAUUCGGACUAGUAGCAGUGAAAUUCCGAUAAAACAGACACCUGUUGAAAAUAAAGACUUCAAGAUUCUUCUACAGAAACAUAAAGAUAAAAUAGUGUUCAGUUCGUACUUAGAACAUGAAAAGUUAGAACUUGGUUACUUCAAAUAUCAUAUGAAAACUAUCAAGAGAGCCAAACAAACUCAAGAGAAGGCUCUACAAGAAAAAAGUUUACCGCCACUACCAGUAGCCUUAAGGUAUUAUGUUGAUAAGGAUAGACUUCUGAAUAAUGAGAAAGAACCCGAGCCUGUUGUCUCCGACAAAACUUUUCAACUGCCUUUUGGGGAUACAACUCCUAUUGAAAUCAAUGAACAAGAUAAAUUUCAAAGAUCACAGGAAAAUGAAUUGAAAUCAAACAUUGACCAGUGGAUGACAAACUAUGAAUAUUUUGAUGACAAUCAUCUGACGUCCGCUGAAAACGAUGAUGAAACUAACAAAGACUGGAGUAAAUAUUACGGUACUCCGGAUCCCAGUGCCAGCAUCAGUCAAGUGCGCUGUGGCGGCUGUGGAGCCCUGUUACACUGUAAUGACCCCGCCAUACCUGGAUACUUGCCGAGUGAAUUAUUUACAGGACGGAAGGCAGAGGAACUAAAGACUAUGGAAUGUCAGCGAUGUCAUUUCCUCAAGGAAUACAACAUAGCAUUAGAUGUCUCCGUUCAAGCUGAGGAAUAUGAAAAACUGUUGCAAUCCAUCAGGUAUGUUAAGUCUCUAUUGCUUGUAAUGGUGGACCUCCUUGACUUCCCAUGCUCCUUGUGGCCCGGCAUAGUGGACAUCAUCGGCACUGAACGACCAGUCAUUAUAGUAGCUAAUAAAGUGGAUCUCCUGCCCGGGGACAGUGUCGGUUACUUAAAGAGAGUCAAAGAAUGUUUGAUGACAGAAAUCAAAAAAACUAAACUAGGUGAAGCCAACAUUAAGUAUGUGGCAUUGAUAUCAGCCAAAACUGGUUAUGGAGUGGAAGACCUAAUAUCGGCCAUGUUUAAAACGUGGCUCUAUAAAGGAGACGUCUUCUUAGUGGGUUCAACAAAUGUCGGAAAGAGUUCGUUAUUUAACGCCCUCCUUCAAUCCGAUUACUGUAAAGUACACGCAGUCGAUAUCGUCAAAAGAGCAACUGUGAGUCGCUGGCCCGGAACCACAUUGAAUCUCCUUAAAUUUCCUAUCAACAGACCAUCGGGAUGGAAAAUACGAGAGAGAAGUCAUAGACUGCUCACAGAGAGAAAACUCAUGAAGGUAGAAAAAGAAAUAAGGAAAGGUCAAGUGUUGGGAAGGGACGUGACCGAAGCUCCGUCACUGAUAGGACACAUCGGCAGAACAUUCACACAGUACCAAGUCUCCAGCGAUAAUGUAGCGGACAAACGACAUCACAUGGUGGUUUUCGAUGAAAAUAAUCCGCUUUUCAGAAAGAGUAAAUGGCUGUACGACACUCCGGGCGUGGUGCUCUCCGACCAGAUCCUGUCGCUGCUCACCACCGAGGAGCUGAUGCUGGCCAUACCGAGGAAACUGAUCCGACCUCAGACCUACUACCUGCGGGAGGGAGCCAGCUUCUUCAUAGGAGGCCUGGCUCGGGUGGACCUGUUGGAGAGCGCGGACGCGUGUCGCUUCACCAUCUUUUGUUCCGAGAGUCUGCCGAUCACCGUGACGGAGACCAGGUUCGCAGACGAGCUGUAUAACAGCUUCGUGGGCACCGAGCUGUUCGCGGUGCCGAGCGGCGGACACGAGCGGCUCCAGAGGUGGCCGGGGCUGAGCGGUGGCGGCGAGAUGGAGUUCGAGGGAGAAGGACCCAACGUCUGCUGCGGGGACAUCGUGCUGUCGUCCGCGGGCUGGGUCUCCGUCACGGGUAAAGCGGGCAGCCGAUGCCGGGUGGCGGCGUGGACCGUGGGCGGGCGGGGGCUGCACCGCCGGGUGCCCGCCCUGCUGCCGUCCGCCAUCACGCUCAAGGGCCGCCGUCUGCGUGACACACCAGCCUACAUGCUCGGAGACGUGUUCAUAGGAGACGAGCUCUGA